AUGAGUAACCAUUUACCUUCAAUAUUCCCUUUAAGAGAUAAAGAACCUGAAUUUGAAUAUAAACUUACUCAUGGUAAUAACAAAUUAUCUAACUGGUUAGAAGAAUAUUCCCAAUUAUCUUUAGGACGUGAAAAUAGAAAAAGAAAUUGGGACGAAAAGACUAUUGAUGAAGUUAAUGAAGAAGAUUCAGAUGAUAUGACAUUUUCUGAUAAUGAUUUUAGUCAAAUAAGUGGUAAUGCUCAACCUCCUAAGAGAAGAUUAACUAGUUCCAUAUUAUCACCGAUUGCUAAUGUUACACCUAUUUAUCCUAAUUCCGCAUCAUCAAAUGAUGAACCAGCCAAUAUUCAAUCCCGAACUCCUGGAGUUGGUUCUCAAUCCAAUACCCCCAUUUCUGAUAUGGAAGAUCAACCUCAACAAUUACCUUUACCUUCACCUAGUGCAUCACCAAUUCAAAGUUCAAUUAAACAAGAUAUUAAUGAUCCUUUAGAGAAUUAUUUAGCUAAUAUUCCUACAACCCAAUUAGAAUUAGUUGAUCUUAUUAAGAAUUUAAGUCAAUUUUUAGAUUCAAACAACAGAAAUCAUGUGAUUUUCAAGUUGUUACAAGAUGUUAAUCGUUCAAGUUUAAGUACUUUAAAUAAUGUGUUACAUGAUACUUUAAGAAGAGAUUUAUUAAGUAAUUUACCCUCAGAAAUUACUUAUAACAUUUUAUCCCAAUUGGAUUAUAAAUCUUUAUAUAACAUAUCUUUGGUAUGUAAGAAUUGGUAUAAAUUAAUCAAUAGAUCUAAUGUUUGGAUAGAUUUAUUGAAAAGAGAUCAAUUAGUUGAAGGACAAAACGAUAUAAAUAAUGAACUUAAAGAUCUGAAACAAUUAAUAAAACAAUGGGGAUUUGAUAUUCCUUUAAAUAAGAUUAAUAUUUAUCAAUUAUUAUAUAAGAAAAGAAAGAUCAUAUAUAAUAGAUGGAUGAAUCCUAAAUUUGAACCUCGAAGAAUCAGUAUAAAUAUUCCAAGUCCUGGUAAUAAUGUUGUAACAUGUUUACAACAUGAUGAUGAUAAAAUUAUUAGUGGAGUUGAUGAUAAAUUGAUUAAUAUUUAUAGUACAAAAACCGGAGAAUUCUUAAAAGUUUUAAAAGGUCAUGAAGGUGGAGUUUGGGCUUUAAAGUAUACAGGUAAUACUUUAGUUAGUGGAUCUACUGAUAGAACAGUAAGAAUUUGGAAUAUUAAACAAGGGAAAUGUACUCAUAUAUUUAGAGGUCAUACUUCAACUGUUAGAUGUUUAGAUAUUUUACAUCCAGUAGUUAUAGGUAAAGAUGAUAGUGGUAAAGAUAUAAUAUUUCCUAAAGAACCUUUAUUAGUUACAGGUUCAAGAGAUCAUAAUUUAAUUGUUUGGAAAUUACCUAUUCAACCUGAUGAUGGGGUUAAAUUAUCAGAAUUAGGUCCUGAUGAUUCUAAUGAUGAUGAAAUGGUUGAUGAAUCAGCUAUUGGUUAUGAUGCCAAUGAUCCUAGUAAUCCUUAUUUAGUUAAAGUUUUAUCGGGUCAUACUCAAUCAGUAAGAUCAGUUUCUGCUUAUGGUAAUAUUAUUGUUAGUGGUUCUUAUGAUGCCACUGUUAGAGUAUGGGAUUUAUUGGAUAAUGCUAAUUGUAAACAUGUUUUAAAUGGUCAUACUGAUAGAAUUUAUUCUACCAGUUUGGAUUUCAAGAAUAAGGUGUGUUAUUCAGGAUCAAUGGAUUCAAGAAUUCAUAUUUGGAAUUUUGAAAGUGGUGAAUUAUUACAUUCUUUAGAAGGUCAUGCUUCAUUGGUUGGAUUGUUGGAAUUAAGUAAAGAUUAUUUGGUUUCAGCUGCUGCUGAUUCAACUUUAAGAGUAUGGAAUCCUUCAACUGGUGAACCUUAUUCAAAAUUAGAAGGUCAUACUGCUGCUAUCACCUGUUUCCAACAUGAUCCUUUAAGAAUCAUCAGUGGAAGUGAAAGAUUAUUGAAAUUAUGGGAUAUCAGAAAGGGUAAAUUCGUUAGAGAUUUAUUAGCUGAUGUCACUGGUGGUAUUUGGCAAGUCAGCUUUGAUUUUAAUAUUUGUGUGGCUGCAGUGCAGAGAAAUAUUAAUGAUAAAGAAGAGACUUUCCUUGAGUUACUUGAUUUCAGUCAACCCCCAGGAGAGAUUUAA